AUGAUAUCAGAGAAAAUCAAGAUGGAACCGGGAGCUAGUCGGAAUGCGGAAUGGAGGCCAUCGGUGUUCUGCAAGAAUACCGAGGACAUUCAGAGAUAUUUUCGUAUAUUCAAACGAGUGGCAGGGGCUAACGACUGGUCUGAAGCCAGACAGCUGUCGGUCUUACCGGCGCUGUUCACGGAGGAGGCAGAGUGGGUGGCAGAGGAACUGGAGUCUGCAGCACCUACCUCCGUCGAACAGGCCGAGCAGCUGGCUGUGAGGCUGCUGUGCUCUAAAGAAAAGCGGAAGACCAGGAUGACUGGAACCGGUGAUCGCCAGCCAGCUGUUGGUGGUCUUCGCUGCUUCACCUUUGGAGGGGUAGGCCACUUCCAAAGGGAGUGCUCCAGUCGCAGAGAGGUAAGGAAGCUGAGCACCAACAGGGAGUCUGAGGUCAAAGUCAGAGUCACGAUUGGAGGAAUGUCCAGUGUGGGUGUUCUGGAUACGGGUAGCGCUGUGAAUCUUCUGAGUGAAGAAGAGGUUCAGGAGCUAGGCCUUGACAUGCACCAAAAGGAUUACAUCCAGUGUGUUGCUGCCAAUGGGAAUACUGUACAAGUAUGUGGUCUGGUGGAUGCCCCGAUUGUUGUUGGGAAAGCUAGUGUCGAGCACACGUUUCAUGUUGCUAGGAACCUGGCUGGCCCGUUGCUUCUGGGCAUGGACAUACUGAAGAAGCUGAACAUUGUGAUUCUCUUGCGCUUGGUGAACCGGACAGAUGAAGAGAUUCUCAUUCCGGCAGGGACUGUACUCGGACACAGAGAGGAGCUGGAGAUAGCAGAGCUGGCGAUGCCCGAAGUUGCAGGAAAUCAAGCUGCUGAGUCUGUCCAGGAGCCCAGGUCGACUGAGCAAGAGACGCUCCAAGCUUGCGGAGGCCAGCUGGAAUAUGGGAGUUCAGGUGGUGCUCCAAGUGGCACCCUGGAAGAGGAAGUUAGUAACGCAGCGGGUACCUAUCGGUUGCCAGAGGUCGGGCAUGUACCGGAGCCCUACCAGUCGCAGCUCCAGCAGAUGCUAGUGGAGUACAGGGAUGUUUUCUCACAGUCGAAUGAAGACAUCGGACGGCACGUCGGUGACAAGGUCAUGAGCAUUGACACGGGAGAUGCGAAGCCCAUCUGUCAGCGUGCGUAUCGCACUCCGUUCCAUGUGCGAGACGAGAUGAAGAACAAGUUGGAAGGAAUGCUACAGCAGGGUGUGGUCGUGGAGUCCCAUUCGCCUUGGGCGAGCCCCGUCGUGCUCGUAAAGAAGAAAAAUGGAGACCUGCGCUUCUGCUGUGAUUUUCGGGCGGUGAACACGGUGAGAAUCAUGGAGGACAUGUUGGGUGAGCAGCUGCAGAAGCAAGCAGUUGUUUACCUGGAUGAUGUGAUCCUGUUCACUGAUGACCUUUCCAGUCACCUGAAGUACCUGAAGGAGACACUGGACAAGUACCGAAGCCAUGGACUGAAGUUGAACCCCCACAAUUGCCUGAUCGCAAAGACUGAGGUCGACUUCUUGGGACAUCGUGUGAGCUGUGAUGGAAUCCGACCAUCCGCUACCAAGCUGGAAGCACUCGAAAGCUGGCCCACUCCGAGAACCAGUAAGGAGUUGCGAACGUUUCUGGGCUUCGCUGGCUACUAUCAUCACUUUGUUCCAGGGUUCUCUCAGAAGGCAGCACCUCUCACUGACCUUUUGCAGAAGGGCAAGGACUUCAACUGGAGUGAGGAGUGCGACAGGAACUUCAAGCAGCUGAAGGAGGAUCUGCAGUCGUACUCGGUGCUCCAGUGUCUUCGGAUUGAAGAGGAGUUCACACUCACGACCGAUGCUAGCCUGACCGGCUGGGGAGCUGAGUUACGCCAACCUGCGGGAGUGAUAGCAUUUGCUUCAGGCAAAUGGAACUCAGCCGAGUCAAACCGAAGUGUCACGGAAAGGGAGUUAACUGCAGUAGUGAAGGCCGUCACGGAGUUCAGACAUUACAUACUGGGAAAACACUUCACCCUGAGAACGGAUCACGAGGCAAUCAAAUACCUUCAGCGCUCGAGAGUACCGUCGGGACGGCUGUUCCGCUGGCUGGAACUUCUCCAGGACUACGACUUCGUCAUGGAACAUGUUCCAGGACGAGUGAUUCCACACGUCGACGCGCUUUCGCGGCGUCCGUCCAAAGGAGCUCCGACCGAGCGACCGGCUUCACAACUACGACCAACGGCCCCUGAGUUCAAGCCGAAGAGUCGGCAAGAACGAGAAGAGAAAGAAAUCGAGGGAAAACGAACGGAGGAACCUGCUGAUACUCAAGCAAGCCGAGCUGUGAUCAGAGAGACCAGGAUCCUCGAUGAUGAAGAACUCUCUCUAGCUGAGGAAGUUGGAAGAGAUCCAGUGCUGAGUCUGCUGAAAAGUGCAUUGCAAGGCAAGGCAAUCGAUCCGAAGGCGCUGACUUCCGACCAGCGAAAGGAACUGGAGUUCUAUCAGAGGAUGGAUGGCCUCAUGCUGAAGCAGGGAUUGAUCUGGGCGGAAGACAUCGGAGUCUAUGGAUCCACAGAUGUUGGUGCCUGA